UAUCAUUAAAAAAAUAAUAUAGCAUGUCAUACUAUGUUAUUACAUAGUUCAUAUUCACGUGAUACUUCGCAAUUUGAAACAGUUUCGGUUAAACUUCCUGUCAACAAGUGAUUCAAUUGUAGGAUUAAUAAAGUUUACAGAAAUUCAAAUGGAGGAAAGCUUGAGUCAGUGGCGAGAUUCGCCCGGUGUUACAAAGAAAACGAGAUCUUAUGUUAUUUCCGAUAGCGACGAAGACAGUGAGAAUACCGAGAAAGAACAGAUUUUUGUAAUUGAAAGUAGUGAAGCUAGCGUAAAUUCAUCAGCGGAAGAAGAUUCUUCAUCCGAAGAAUUAUCGUCAACAGAGAAAGGAAUUAGACGUAGGAUUAAAAAGCAUAUCCCUCAUUAUUCUGACAGUGAAGAUAUCAGUGAUCAUAAUGAAAAUGAUUCUGUAUCAAUCAGUAGUAGCGAAGAACAUAAUACUGAUGACAGUAUAUCAAAUGACGAGAUUGAAACAAUGAUGAAGAAUAAUGACAAAAUAUUAAUGGAAGAAGAAUUGAAAGAUGUACCAAGGAAAAUCCAAGACGAUUUGGAAACUAAUGCUUCUAAUAUAUCUAAAAAUAAAUCCAUGAUGAAAGAACAUGUUUCUAAAAAAAGAGAAAAAUGUGAAGAAUCAUAUAUUUUAUCUGAUUCGGAAUCACAUACAGAUGAAGAAAGUAGUUCACAGUUUGGAACUGCAAUAUCUUUAGCAAAGCAAGAAAUAGGUGUUAAUAAUAUAGAUCCAGUGAUAGCACAGAAAAGAGCUCUGCUUGUUUGUAAAAUGCAACAGUUACAAAAUGAAUUGAGUAAGACAAAGUUAUUGCUUACUGCCGGUAAUAUCGAUUUAUUGCCAGAUAAAGGAAAAAGAUUACAUGAAAGUAUUGUAAUGCAACAAAAAGAAAUAGAUGCAAUUGCAGCUGAAUUAGAAAAAACUCCUUUGACACAAAUUAUUAAAUCUGAAUCACACUCUGUAAAGCAAGAAAUGUCAUUUACCGAAGGAGAAAAGAAGGAGGAAGAGCCAUAUUCUGAAAAUUUUAAUUCGUAUUAUGAUUCAUGUAGUAUACCAUCGAAAUUGAAGUCAUCCGCAGAAACUGGAGAACUUGGGAAACAAGCUCAAGCAACGUUAGACAGAGAACGAUCCUUGACGGUUGAUAGGUUGCAAGAUUUACAUGGAUCUCUUGUAGCUAGACCGACCGAGGAGGACAAAGCGGAAGAUCCACAAGGCUUGAAAGUAAAAUUAAUGCCUCAUCAACAGCACGCGUUGGCAUGGUUAAUGUGGAGAGAGCAACAGAGGCCUCCUGGCGGUGUCCUCGCUGAUGAUAUGGGUUUAGGUAAAACUUUAACAAUGAUAUCUCUGAUUAUAGCCAGUAUUGCUAAAGGAAAAUCGGAAGAAUCGAAUUCCGAGGAAUGGGUGCAUUGUGAUCCAUCAAUGGCACAGCGUUGUAAAGGGGGUACACUCGUAGUUUGUCCUGCCUCCUUGUUAUCACAAUGGGAAAAUGAAAUAGAUCGUAGAUGUAAACGUGGUAUGCUCUCUGUUAAAGUUUAUCAUGGUACAAAUCGGGAAAAUGUACCAAAAAGAUUAGCAAAAAACGACGUUGUUAUUACAACGUACAAUAUCCUACUCCGUGAAUUUAAGAAUAACUCUAUGGCCUAUAAAAUUCAUUGGGAACGCAUUAUAUUGGACGAGGCGCAUGUAAUCCGGAAUCAUAAAAGUCAAGCUUCUCAGUCAGUGUGCGGUUUAGUAGCGAAUAAACGAUGGGCUCUUACUGGUACACCCAUCCAAAACAAGGAAAUGGAUUUAUAUCCUAUUUUGAAGUUUCUCAAGUGUACUCCUUUCGACGACUUACGAGUAUGGAAACGUUGGGUAGAUAAUAAGUCAACCGCUGGUCGUCAACGAUUGGCAACUGUGAUGAAAACGUUAAUGUUACGUAGAACAAAACAAGAACUUCAAGCAAAUGGCAUGUUAGAAAGUCUUCCAGAAAAAUUUGUAGAGGAGAUACUUAUAAAGCUAGAUCCAGAGGAACAGUUGGUAUAUGAAAAAGUAUUAAUAUAUUCUCGUACAUUGUUUGCUCAAUUUUUGGCUCAAAGAGCUGAUAAGGAUCAUAUGGUAGAUUUAGCUGCUGGAAAAUACGAUAAACCAACGUUUCUUUCGAAUCCAAAUAAAAAUACUCAGUUUACGAAGGCGCAAAACAAGUUAUUAUCAUUACAUGCUGAUGUCAAAACGCAUGAAAUUUUGGUUCUUCUACUAAGAUUACGUCAAAUUUGUGUUCACCCGUCGCUUAUUCAUUCGAUGCUAGAUGAAGAAGAUAUAGAAGAUAGCGAUAUAAGGGAAAAGGAAAAUGUCAAUUCAGAUUUAUUAUCACAAAUGAAUAAUAUAACAUUAGAAGAAUCAGAAAAUAACGAGGAGGAGACAAACGAAAAAGAGAUUGGCAUUGAUCGCAGAGUAGCUGGUAAUUUACUCACGUCUAAAAAUCCUGUGUUUAAGUGCGAUCGCGUGAGCUCGAAAAUAAGGAAGGUGCUUGAUACAGUUAUAGAAAUUUUACAAAAAAAUGACAAAAUAAUUAUCGUUUCUCAAUGGACGAGUACGUUGAAUAUUAUUGCAUCUUGUUUGUCCUCGAUAAAAGGCGCUAGUUUUAAUAUGUUCACAGGCAAUGUGCCGAUUAAGGAAAGACAGGGCAUAAUGGAUUCGUUUAACGCUCCGAACGAUGACCCGAAAAUAUUAUUGCUUUCGCUUACCGCUGGAGGGGUUGGAUUAAAUUUGGUAGGUGGAAAUCAUUUGCUGUUAAUAGAUAUUCAUUGGAAUCCGCAAUUAGAAGUGCAAGCUCAAGAUAGGAUCUAUCGUUUCGGACAGAAAAAGAAUGUCUUCAUAUACAAAUUUAUCUGUCGGGAUACGAUAGAAGAGCGUAUAAAAAAUUUGCAAGAAAGGAAAAUCGAAAUAGCUCAGAAUGUACUCAGCGGCGACAAGAACUCUGCUGUCUCGAAACUUACGCUUAACGAUCUCAAAUCUCUCUUUGGCCUUUAAAAUAUAAACCUUUUAUAUAAUUUUAUUUUUUAAUAGACUCAAUUAUAAUAUAAA